UUCAAUUCUCUCAUUCACACGGCAUUGAAAGUGCACCUUUAUCUGAAACCAACUUCGUGACAAUACCUCUUCAUGGCCAGCUUCAUGACCAGCUUCAUGCCAAUCGCCCUAUCCUGGGCCUAUGCUGGCAGCCUCUUUCUGUCUAUCGUCAUCCUAAACCUUCUCUGGCAGCAACUGCCUCGCCCAAAGUCCGAACCACCGCUAGUCUUUCACUGGCUGCCAUUCAUCGGCAAUGCAGUCUCGUACGGAAUGGACCCAUUCACCUUCUACUCUCAAUGUCGCGAGAAACAUGGCGACGUCUUCACAUUUGUGCUGUUUGGGAGGCAAAUGACUGUCUACCUGGGUAUCCAAGGCAAUGACUUCAUCCUGAAUGGCAAGCUGCAGGACCUUAAUGCGGAGGAGAUAUACAGCCCUCUUACAACCCCCGUCUUUGGGCGUGACAUUAUUUAUGACUGCCCUAACUCCAAACUCAUGGAGCAGAAGAAAUUUGUCAAAUUCGGUUUAACCCAGAAAGCCCUCGAGUCAUAUGUCCCUUUGAUUGAGAAGGAGGUUGUCGACUACAUUCAUUCAGCUCCGGCCUUUCAAGGUACCCACGGCACCGUCGAUAUCCCCACCGCCAUGGCCGAAAUCACCAUCUUCACCGCCAGCCGAUGUCUGCAGGGCGCCGAAGUCAGGAAGAAGCUGACGGGCGAGUUUGCCGAGCUGUACCACGACCUAGACUUGGGCUUCCGGCCUAUCAACUUCCUAAUGCCCUGGGCACCCCUUCCCCGAAACCGACGUCGCGACAUUGCCCAUGUCCGCAUGCGAGAUGUCUAUCUCGACCUCAUCAAAGAGCGCCGUAAUUUCGGAGACCUAGCCGACCAGGAAUCCGACAUGAUUCGUAACCUCAUGAGCUGCGUCUACAAGAAUGGAACUCCCCUUCCCGACAAGGAGAUUGCUCACAUGAUGAUUACCAUCCUGAUGGCUGGCCAGCACUCAUCCUCAUCCUCAAGUGCAUGGACCAUGCUACGUCUUGCUUCACGCCCCGACAUUGCAGACGAGUUGUAUCAAGAGGUGAUUCAGCUCGCCCCCAACCCAUUGAGACAUGAACCCCUGUCGGGACAACUUCAGUACGCCGACCUUGAAAAACUUCCUUUUCUUGCCAAUAUCGUCAAGGAGACGCUCCGCGUGCAUUCCUCCAUCCACUCCAUCAUGCGCAAGGUAAAGCAACCGAUUCGUAUACCCAACAGUGACUACAUCGUCACCCCGGAAAAGGUUCUUGUCUCCUCUCCCAUUAUGACUCAUCUCAGUGAGGAGCACUUUCGCAAUGCCAUGUCUUGGGAUCCAUACCGUUGGGACGAUGUAGUUGAAGCAGACGACGACAUCGUCGACUACGGCUAUGGUGAAACUUCCAAAGGCACAAAGAGUCCUUACCUACCCUUUGGUGCCGGCCGUCACCGCUGCAUUGGCGAGAAGUUUGCCUAUAUCAACCUGGCCACUAUCAUCAGUACCUUGGUCAGAAACUUCAAGUUCUCCACCCUGAACGGCGAUACUGGCGUGGUGCCGCCCACAGAUUACACAUCCUUGUUCUCUCGCCCGAUGCAGCCUGCUGUGUUACGAUGGGAACGACGCAAGGUCACAUAAGCGUGGGAAGUGAUAUGUGUGAGGGGGAUCCAACGCACAUCUGUCAACAUGUGAGGCAUGAUGGAGGUUAUUUGACUCCGCAGGCUGCGACUCUGACCUUUUUAGGUAUAAUGUUCUUUUCGUUAGAAGGGCAUGUAAUGUAAUCACGGCUAUGAGGGAGUCUGAUCUAGGAGUCUAUUUCCCUGCAGGUUGAGUGGGUGGGUAAUUCUCAUGCAUAUUUAGUAACAUGGUGGUCAAAAGGUUCCCGAGGUACCAAAGUACUCUUGGUACUUGGAACAUAUUCACGGCUCCCUCUUAGAAUUCGUACGUCAUAUUCUGUAUAGAACCCGC